AUAUGGCUGAUCGGUUUAUUCCCGCUCAGUGGAUCGUGGGCCGGGGGCUUGGGCCAACUUCCGGCCGUUCAACUGGGCCUUGAUGACGUCAACAACGACCCCAACAUACUUCCGGAGUAUGAGCUCAUGAUGACCAUGCAUGAUACGCAGGUA